AUGACGACUUUCUCUACUACUACUACUACGGCGUGCCGUGUUGGAUCCUCGGAAGGGUCCCAAGGCGAGGGCGAGCAGAAGCGGGGAGUGUAUCAGCAAGGACUGGGGACAAUACCGGUUCACAUGAUGAGGAAUAGGCUACCGCCUGGUUGGGACAUUAGGGAAUCAACAUCGAGACCGGGCAAGUUCUAUUACUUCAACGUACACACGCAGCAAGGGCAGUGGGAGUUCCCCUCGACUGAAGUGAUGCCACCGACGAGAAGAAAGAGCUCAUAUGUCUACCGCAUGCCGGAACUGGAGACAGCGCAUGUACUGCAUAUUCUUAAGAAGCAUAGGGGGUCUCGGAAACCUCGGUCGUGGAGAAUCGAUGGGGAAAUAACACUACCAGUUGAGGAAGCUAUAAAGGAAUUAGCAUUGAUAAGGGAAGAAGUGGUAAGGCAAGAACCGAACGGGCUGGCGGCUAUGACUAAGUGCUUCAAGGACAACGCUAGAAUUGAAAGUGAUUGCGGCACAGCUAAGCGAGGAGGCGACCUUGGCGAGAUCGCUCGUGGAAGAAUGCAGCCAUCUUUUGAAAAAGUGGCGUUUGCGUUGCCCCCAGGGACAUUGAGUCCGAUUAUACACACGGAAUCUGGGGUGCACUUGAUACUUCGCUUAAAGUGAUGAUGGGAAGUCAUCUGUAUUGCAUGAAAAGGAAGGGAGUGUGGGAGAAGCGAUUGUGGAUAUUAUUAUUCCGUAUAGAAGAUCUACUAUGUAGAAUAUGACGAAUCUGAUACGUAUUUCGAGAGGAGAUGGUGUCUAAUUAUUCGACCUAGUUAUAUUCCCUCCUCCUGAGCUGGUGUACCAUUCCACAGUCGAAUCUGCUUUCACGGCACUAGUAUUGGACAACACUGUUACUAUCAGUAUUACCCUAUGUCUAGCCAACUGUCCUCCUUGUGCGGAAGCAGAGUGUUGUUGAGGACGGGCAACACACAUACUUUUUCCCCUAUAUUCUACUAUCACUAUUAUUAUUAUCAUCGAUGUAUCACAAGCACCAGGCUCACUUGUAGUAGAUUCUCUAGAUCCUGCUAUUGGCAUUCGAUUGGCAUCUAAAAUAUGAUACUUAUCGAGGUCGAUUAUUGCUAUUAUAUCUCAUUUUGGUGGAAACCGACGCAGUACAGAGAUGAUUGCUAUUGCGAGUAUCUACGUCACGAUGCGAGUAUGAAUAAUUAUUACUAGUACCGCUUUGCAUGACCUGAGGCUUGCUACCGGUGCUCUGGUGGAAACUUGGAUGAGCUGCUUCGU